GAGAGAGAGUAAGAGUAAGAGAGUAAGAGGGAGAGUAAGAAAAGUAAAAGCUUAAGAGAGCAAGGAGAGGCCAAGCAGUCCCUCUUAUAGUGGAUUGUGUUAUCUUGCUGUUGCUAGGUAACUGGGAAGGAGUCUAGCCUGAAGGUCAGAAGCUUGGGACAUAGUGUACAUGACUAAAAGCCACGCUUCUCCUGUGGGGCCUGUGGGGGUGGUAACUUCAACAGGAUCCAGGGAUCCAGGAGAAAUGAGGGAACACGUUUCAUCCCAUGUAGGUGGUAAUUACCACCAACAGUUUCUACCAGGGUUCAGACCUCAACUCGACUGGAGAUCAGACUGUGUGUGCAUAGCCCAUUGCCCCACACCAAUGGAGCACUGGCAAGCACACAUGAGUUCAUGCUUUCUCUGUGCUUGACUAUGCAUGUGGCCAGCUGCUUCAUGUUACCACCACCUUGACUUCUCUAUCGUGGUGGACUGUCCCCUGAAAUCGUGAGCUCUAAUAAACCCCAUUCUUCCUUCAGUAGUUUUUGUCAGAGUAUUUUAUCAUAGCAACAGAAAGGAAACUAGAAAAAUAUUUUUCGUCAUUCUCUUGUGAGUGUUCUAUGUAGCUUUGUAUUCAUUUUGUUAUAGUGAACCAGUUGCUUCUUUCAAAAAUAUGUGUUUCUGUGUAUAUCAGAGGCCAGUGUUCCAGGAGUUGACUCUCUCUCUCAUCUAUAGACUCUAGGGAUCAAACUCAAAUCCUGAGGUAUGUCAACAAGCAUCUUCACCAGCUGAGUCAUCUUGUCAGCCUGACAAUGGUUCCUUGACCUGUACAACAAAGCCGAAUAUUUGAACCAAUUAUGGAACAAUUUUAACAUGGAAGAAAACUACCAAAACAGUAGAGUCUUUGCAAGUUGAUCUACUACACAGGAUGAGAAAAUGUAAAACCAUAUAAUAUGCCAAAAGAGUUUCUUUUCCUUUCUGCUGCAAAUAGGUCAUUUUAAAUCAAUGUCAUGUUAACCAUGUACAUCUAGGUGCCCACGUGAUAUAUUGUGUUAUAUAAGAUCAUGUACUUUUAGUUAAUGAGUUUUAUUAAGAUUUUACUUAAUGUCUUAUGUCAAAGAUGGAUGAAAGUCAAGGUUCCAUGUUUGUUCCUAAGGUGUCUCAGUUUUUUACCAGUAAAGGAGCAAAACUGAGUUCCUUUGCAGCAUAAAUUUGCCAUUCCAUAGGGCCUUGGCAAUCAUUUUCUCUCAUCCUGGGAAGUCACUGAUGAAAAGCAGGGAGAAAAACCUGAUAGUCAGCUCACUCCACAUAAGGGUUCCCAAUCUUUUCCCUGGGAGGAGGUAACAACUUUUUGAAGGCAUUUCCAUCAAUAUGUAGCAAUCAUGGCAUUUGAGGGGUGUGUGUGUGAGUGUGUGUGUGUGUGUGUGUGUGUGUGUGUGUGUGUGUGUGUGCAGAGACAUUGGCUUGAAGUUGCAGUGCUCAAGGAAGUGCAGUGCCAUGUAAGCUAGCCCUGUAAUAAUAGCUCCUGGGAAUGCAGAGGAUGGCUCAGCAUUAGGCAUUCUCCUCGUGUUUCACAUAAAUGCAUCCUGUUCUCAGGAGCUGAUGAGCAGUGUGCUUGCCCUGGCUCAUUCAAAUUGAAUGUUGGUAAAAGGAGAGUCCUAAGCAAACAGAACACUUUGGCAUCAUUGAAGGCAGGAGCAAGGUUAAGCUGUCGGCCUCAUUCUCUGCAAGUUAUUGGAUGUUUAUUUGCUGGCCUUACUGCACUCCUCAGGUAUGUUGCUGAGGUUCUGAUGGGCCACCCAAUGACUGUCAGGUCCAGGUGCCUUUAGCUCUAGGGCUUUGGGUCAGUAAAGUUCCAGGCUUCGGAGGCUGUCCAAAAAUCUGCCUUGGAUAAUGCUUUGCUGGAAGAAAAAGCUCCUCCACAGAGGCAGUUUGCCUUGUAUUUUCCUUUUGUUCUUUUUCAAUGCUGCAGCUUUAACUUUGUCAGCGCAAGCAGGAGGAGAGAGAGCUAGCAGAGAGCUUUCUGUGGCCCGCUUUUUCCAUUAGUUGGAACAAGAACAGAGUCGUGGCAGCAGCAGCCAGUGCUCACUGGCUUUCUAGUUCUGUGCUAUGAGGAAUAAAGACACUGUAGGGCAGUGAACCUGAACUUAGCCCAUUCAUCCAUACUGCAUUGAGGGAUUGCAUGGAGUGGAGUCAAAUGCCACUGGGGGGUGAGGAGCACGCAUCAUCUUGCAUUCCUGCUGGAUAUAUCAGGAAGGAUCCGUAACAAUCUCCAGUGAGUGAAAGCCACAGGACCAAGUCUUCGGGCUGGCCACCUCCCUCAGGAACCUGGGGCUUGAACCAGGUACCACCCUAUGGAUGGGAGAUGAUGACAAACCGAGAUGGACGUGACUACUUCAUCAAUCACAUGACACAGGCAAUCCCAUUUGAUGACCCUCGGUUUGACAGCUGCCAAAUCAUCCCCCCAGCUCCACGAAAGGUGGAGAUGAGGAGAGACCCUGUGCUGGGCUUUGGGUUUGUGGCAGGGAGCGAAAAGCCAGUGGUCGUUCGGUCAGUAACACCAGGUGGCCCCUCAGAAGGCAAGCUGAUCCCAGGAGAUCAGAUUGUAAUGAUUAAUGAUGAAGCAGUCAGCGCUGCACCAAGAGAGAGAGUCAUCGACCUGGUCAGGAGCUGCAAAGAAUCGAUUCUGCUCACUGUCAUUCAGCCCUAUCCAUCUCCCAAAUCAGCAUUUAUCAGUGCUGCUAAAAAGGCAAGAUUGAAGUCCAAUCCAGUCAAAGUGCGCUUUUCCGAAGAGGUCAUAAUCAAUGGCCAAGUGUCGGAAACUGUUAAAGACAAUUCACUUCUUUUUAUGCCAAAUGUUUUGAAAGUCUAUUUGGAAAACGGACAGACCAAAUCCUUUCGUUUUGACUGCAGCACCUCCAUCAAGGAUGUCAUCUUAACCCUGCAAGAGAAGUUGUCUAUCAAAGGCAUUGAACACUUCUCCCUCAUGCUGGAGCAGAGAAUUGAAGGGGCUGGCACCAAGCUGCUCUUGCUUCAUGAACAGGAGACACUCACUCAGGUGACACAGAGGCCCAGCUCCCAUAAGAUGAGGUGUCUUUUCCGAAUCAGUUUUGUUCCCAAAGAUCCCAUUGACCUGUUAAGAAGAGAUCCAGUUGCUUUUGAGUAUCUCUAUGUUCAGAGUUGUAACGAUGUCGUUCAGGAGCGAUUUGGACCAGAGCUGAAAUAUGACAUUGCCUUGCGGCUGGCCGCGUUACAAAUGUACAUUGCUACUGUCACCACCAAACAGACGCAGAAAAUCUCCCUCAAAUACAUUGAGAAAGAAUGGGGACUAGAGACUUUUCUUCCAUCUGCUGUGCUGCAGAGCAUGAAAGAGAAGAACAUCAAGAAAGCACUCUCCCACCUUGUCAAAGCAAAUCAAAACUUGGUACCACCGGGUAAAAAGCUCUCUGCACUACAAGCUAAGGUCCACUAUCUCAAGUUCCUCAGCGACCUGCGACUAUAUGGGGGCCGUGUAUUCAAGGCAACAUUAGUGCAGGCAGAGAAGCGCUCAGAAGUAACUCUUCUGGUUGGUCCCCGGUAUGGCAUAAGCCAUGUCAUAAACACCAAAACCAAUCUGGUGGCUCUUUUAGCUGACUUCAGCCAUGUCAACAGGAUUGAAAUGUUUACUGAAGAGGAGAGCUUGGUGAGGGUGGAGUUGCAUGUGCUAGAUGUGAAGCCCAUUACACUACUUAUGGAGUCAUCAGACGCCAUGAACCUGGCCUGUCUGACAGCUGGAUACUACCGGCUGCUUGUGGACUCCAGGAGGUCAAUAUUUAACAUGGCCAACAAGAAAAACGCAGGCACGCAGGACACAGGAUCAGAAAAUAAAGGCAAGCAUAAUCUCCUUGGUCCUGAUUGGAACUGUAUGCCCCAGAUGACCACCUUCAUUGGUGAAGGCGAACAAGAAGCCCAAAUCACAUAUAUAGAUUCUAAGCAGAAGACAGUUGAGAUGACAGACAGCACCUUGUGUCCCAAAGAGCACCGGCACUUAUAUAUCGACAACUCAUACAGUUCAGAUGAACUUAACCAGCCGCUGACUCAGCCAGGUGAUGCCCCCUGUGAGGCCGACUAUAGAAGUCUAGCUCAGCGGUCCCUUUUGACCCUCUCAGGACCAGACACUCUGAAGAAAGCACAGGAAUCUCCGCGAGGAGCUAAAGUGUCCUUUAUUUUUGGAGAUCUUGCCUUAGAUGAUGGCAUGAGUCCCCCAACUAUAGGCUAUGAAAGAAUGUUAGAGGAGAAUCCAGAAAUGCUGGAGAAGCAGAGGAAUCUCUACAUCAGCAGUGCCAAUGACAUGAAGAACCUGGACCUCACUCCAGACACAGACAGCAUCCAGUUUGUGGCAAAUUCUGUAUAUGCAAACAUAGGUGAUGUGAAGAACUUUGAGGCCCCUGAGGGGAUAGAGGAGCCCCUCUUACAUGACAUCUGUUAUGCAGAAAAUACGGACGAUGCAGAAGAUGAAGAUGAGGUGAGCUGCGAGGAGGACCUCGUGGUGGGUGAAAUGAACCAACCAGCCAUCCUUGACCUGUCCGGGUCAAGUGAUGACAUUAUUGACCUCACAACCCUGCCUCCUCCAGAAGGAGAUGACAAUGAGGAUGACUUCCUCCUGCGUUCUCUGAACAUGGCCAUCGCUGCUCCCCCACCUGGCUUUAGAGACAGUUCUGAUGAAGAGGACACUCAGAGCCAGGCAACGUCCUUCCAUGAGGACAAAGAACAAGGCAGCAGCCUGCAGAAUGAGGAGAUCCCUGUGUCCCUCAUUGAUGCUGUGCCCACCAGUGCAGAGGGCAAGUGUGAGAAGGGACUGGACCCUGCCGUCGUUUCCACACUGGAAGCCCUAGAAGCUCUUUCAGAAGAACAGCAGAAGAGUGAAAAUUCAGGUGUAGCCAUCUUGCGAGCUUAUAGUCCCGAGUCUUCAUCAGACUCGGGCAAUGAGACUAACUCUUCUGAAAUGACAGAGGGUUCUGAGCUAGCUGCAGCACAGAAGCAGUCGGAAAGCCUCUCCCGCAUGUUCUUGGCCACUCAUGAAGGCUAUCACCCUCUGGCAGAAGAGCAGACAGAGUUCCCCACCUCCAAAGCCCCCUCAGUGGGCUUGCCUCCAAAGUCCUCCCAUGGCCUGGCUGCUCGCCCAGCGACCGACCUCCCACCCAAAGUUGUGCCUUCCAAGCAGAUCCUUCACUCAGACCACAUGGAAAUGGAGCCAGAAACCAUGGAGACCAAGUCUGUCACUGACUAUUUUAGCAAACUGCAUAUGGGGUCAGUAGCAUAUUCCUGUACCAGCAAAAGGAAAAGCAAGCUUCCUGAGGGAGAGGGGAAAUCCCCCCUGAGUGGGAAUAUACCAGGGAAAAAACAGCAGGGAACCAAAAUAGCAGAGAUAGAGGAGGACACCAAAGGCAAAGCUGGCACUGUGUCUUCAAGAGACAAUCCACACCUCAGCACUUUUAACCUAGAGAGAACUGCCUUUCGCAAGGACAGCCAAAGAUGGUAUGUGGCCUCUGAUGGUGGGGUGGUAGAGAAAAGUGGAAUGGAAGCACCAGCCAUGAAAGUCUUUCCCAGAGGUCCAGGCUUGGGUAACAGAGAGGCUGAAGGGAAAGAGGAUGGCACUGUGGAAGGAGGGGCUGAUGAUGCUUCAGUACUUGGCCAAGGGGACCGCUUCCUCACAGACAUGGCCUGUGUAGCCUCAGCCAAAGACUUAGAUAACCCCGAAGAUACUGACUCUCCCUCUUGUGACCAUGCCACUAAGCUUUCUGAGGCUGAAGACAAUGUGGCCCGCCUUUGUGACUACCAUUUGGCCAAGCGAAUGUCAUCCCUGCAGAGUGAGGGCCAUUUUUCUCUACAGAGCUCUCAAGGCUCUUCAGUGGACACAGGCUGUGGACCGGGCAGCAGUAGCAGUGCCUGUGCCACUCCUGUGGAAUCGCCCCUCUGCCCGUCCAUGGGGAAGCACAUGAUUCCAGAUGCUUCUGGGAAAGGAGGGAGAUAUAUUUCACCAGAGGAGAGAGCCCCUGGCCAUCCCAACCAUGGAGCCACCUUCGAGGAACUGCACCCACAGACAGAAGGGAUGUGUCCACGCAUGACAGUGCCUGCUCUGCACACAGCCAUUAAUGCCGACCCCCUGUUUGGCACUUUGAGAGAUGGAUGCCAUCGACUGCCCAAGAUUAAGGAAACCACAGCUUUGACAGAGCCUGGGAAGGAGAGACAAGGAGGCAUGCCUUCAGCUUGGUCUCCACAUCCUGAAGCUGAUCCCAUCCUGCUACCAUCAAAUAUUCACUUGGAAUCAAAGGUGCCAAGCCCAAAUCAAGACCCUAAUGAUUUCUCCCAAGGAAUCCAGGCAUUCGGAGAGGCUGUGAGCUGGUGGCCAGCAGAUCUGAGAGGGGGGAGCCCCAGGACACCCCCCAGCCAGAGGGCUCUCAGACAUAGCAGCAGAAUCCUCUCAGGACCCGUAGGUUUGGAGACCUUCCAAGAGAGAACCAAGGGUGUAGUCAGCUUGAAGUAUCCAGGUAUCACAGAAGCACAGGAGGUCAGUUCAGAAAGACGAGCAGAACUCCCUCUGGGGAAGAAGCUCACCAAAAGUUUUUCCCAAAGCUCAAUGCACUUUAUCUCUGAGGGAAAGUUUCACAAAAGGUCCCCCAUGUCUCAUAAAGACUCAAAGGUGUAUAGGACCCUACCCUUACGGAAGCUGGAAAGCAGCAACUGGAGAUGUCGAGGACCCUUCAGCUACUGUUUUCUAAACCAAGGACAGGAUGAAGAUGGGGAUGAGGAUGAAGAGGAAGGAGAGGCCACCCUUCAGGUCUCUUGUCUCUAUCGACCACAGAUAACCCAAGCCAUGUCGGAACCAGGUAACUCAUCCCUGGUUGUUGGACUGCAGAAGCAAGGGGAAGAACUGUCCAGAGGGACAGCUCUGAAGGUCUGGACAGAAGACCCAGAUGGCCCAGAUGACUUGGACUUCAGCAGUCUGGCUUUUGAUGCCCGGAUUGCAAGAAUAAAUGCCCUAAAGGCAAACACAUAUGGAAUGCCCGAUGGGUUUCUCGAAGCCCAAAAUGAUGCCAAUGAGCUGCUCUGCCUUGUGAGGGCAACCAAGGCAAGGAAGGAGGAGUCACGCCCUGAAACAUAUGACCUUACACUUUCUCAGUACAAGCAACUGUUAUCCAUUGAGUCCAGACAGUUGGGAAGUGCCUGUAGGAAAAUGGCAAUGGCCGAGAAAAGCCCAGAAGAGAUGCUCCUAGCUAUGAGUUCCAGUUUUCAAGUGCUCUGUUGCCUAACAGAAGCUUGCAUGCGGUUAGUGAAAGUCGUGAACACUGAAACACAGCGGCAAGAAAUUGUAGCAAAGAUUGAUGAAGUGGUCAUAAACUAUAUUUGUCUCCUGAAAGCUGCUGAGGCAGCCACUGGCAAGACCACUGGGGAUCCUAAUAUUGGACUAUCGAUGCGACAUUCAACCACCAUGGCCGCUCUUGUAAGCACACUAACACGUUCUCUCAAGAUGCUUUUAAAUAAAUAAAUAUGGAAGUCACAUCAUAAUCUAUCUUUGCAAAGCCAUACAUGAACUUUUCUUUACUUUCUGUGUACAAUGAACAGAUGUCUCCUUUCUUCUCUCUGUAUAUUUUGUUCUUUUAUAUAAAAUAGGAGAUAGAAGUUACAUUGAUGAAAUGUUGAAAAGUCUCAAUCAGAUAUAUUCUGUUUAUAUUAUACAAAUAUACAUGUAGAAGGAAUAUAUGAGAAAAUGAUGACAUUUGACUAUUUUUCAUGUAGUCAAAACUCUAAGCAUAUGAUAUGAAAUUUUAAAUUCUACAUUGUUAGAGGAAAACAAUGAAUCCUAUCCCCUUUCCUUCCAAAUGGAUACUUGGAGACCCUAUCAUUCAUAUUUAGAAGAAAAGCCAAAAGAAACAGAAUAGAAAAGAAAUCAAAAUGUAUAUAAAAUAGUUCCCGUGUUUUAAAAUCAUAAUUUUUAAACAUUGGAAGUAGCAAAAAUAUAUUUAAAAUUCAAGAAGCUAAUAUGAAUUACUAGAAAAUAUAUAAUAAAUUAACUUUUUGCUCAUAGUGUUUUGUUAUUGGAUGCUUUCUUCCAAGAAUCCCCACAUAUUCAAUUUUGGUUUAUGCUAUUUGGGCUACAGAUUGGCAGGGGUGGGCAGAUUCCAUUGUGUCAGCAUAAAUGCUUUUUAUAGUAUUUCUAGACUUAAAAAGUUCCCCCAAAUAAAAGAACAGGGGAAAUUAUGGGCAGGAUCCUAGGCAAUAACUAAAGGUAUAGGUUGUCUAAUUACAUAAAAUAAAUGGAAUUAGUAAUGCCAAAAUUAAAUUGUUUGAUGAAAAGAGAGAUCUGCUUUGACUCAAUGUCAAAAUACAUAAACCGAAGGCAUUAUUUCCUUCCAACUCAACCAUGAAGCUUACUAUUUCCUUUCAAGAACACCUAGUAAAGUGUUUGUAGAAUUACACAAAAGCAGAUUUAAUGAGCACAAAAAGUGCAGACCCAGCAAUGUAAAUCAGAGCGCACCCCAGCACCUGGGAAGCACAGCUCAGCCUUCAACUCUUAGUCCUCAGCUCCAUGAAGGGCUUCCUGUUGCCCCUCUCUGACAGGAGCAUGGCUAGCAACAAAACGUGGAAAGACAGCCUACUACUGGGACAAAAUUUCAAAUCUAGAGUGUUCCAGAAAAUCAAGUAGAGAUGACUACUCUCAUAAUUGAAACCAUGAUUCAAAAGGUAGUAUUUACCUAAUGAGUACUUCAUUUGGCAGAUAGAAAUACAAAAUCUGACAGAAACAUGGCAAAUUUGACUAUUUUAAGUGAAACUAAGGGAAUACAAAGGUGUGUUCUGAACUGUCAUCACUCAAAUUAUAUCUUUGGGUCAAAACAAAAGAAGGCAAACUCUUCAAUCAUAAGUUAAAUUGAUAUGUACAUAUGUAGUUUCUGGAUCACUCUGUAGUCAAGCUCCCCAAUUCCUAUUUCUGUAAAUGGCUUAGAAUAAGAGUAGUAUAGCAAGAAUCAAUAUUUCCCAUUUUGUAGCCUGCCAUGCAGGAGACCUAGCAAGGUCUACAGUUGCUAUUUCUCUCUGGUCAGCCAUUCAUUCCACAGAGACUCAGCAAAUGCAACACCACAGAUUUACAGAUUGUAACCAAUGAAAGGAGUUCAGAUAUACGUUGUUAUAAAUAAUGUUUGAUUAAAUAAUAAAACAUUAUUUCAUUACAAUUCUAAAUAUUUGGUGUUUUGCUGUUGAGAGACAUUAGUGGUGUUUACUGUGGAAAAUCUUAGCAAAUAUUCUGUGUACUAUAAUACAAACAAUAAUAGGAUGUGUGCUCUGUGUCAGACAAUGUGCUAAACAUUAUUAUCACAUGUAUUAUCUCAUUUAAUCAUGUCUAUGAUCUCUUGGUUUGGACACUAUCAUUAGUUCCUUCUGGAGGCAUUAUGGUUUACUAGUUAUGAAAUGUGGGGCUUGGGAUCAGAAACAUCUUGAUUUAAAUUUUGGUCCUGCCAUUCCCUAGCCCUUUCAUCUUGGGAAAGCUAUCUUUUCUUUUUCAGUCUUGAUUUCCUUAUUGUGAAAUGGACUUCAAUCAUGAGAUCUAUUUCCAUAGGGUUUUCACAAGUUUUAAGUAAAAUUGUGUAUUGUAAAGUUCUUACCACAAUAUCUGAUGGAGAAUAAGUAUUCAAUGUUAGAUAUUAUAAUUAUCAUAAUUGUUGUGUUAAACAUAUUGCCCAAGA